AUAACGAAACAUCGUGUCUGACAGAACAGUUGUGGGCACCGUACUAAGCAUUACUGUGUCGACUAUUUAGAUUUCUGAAUUUUAAAAACUAGAACUUACCUACAACGGUUGACUUUCGCAAGAUGCAAUAUAGGUUGUCAGUGAUCCUAGCAAUAUGUGCGCUUGCUACUGUUCUGGCGAAAGACAAGUUGCAGAGACCCCUCGGAGCCGAAGCUGAUUCUGACGAAUCUGGAGAAGAGAAUAUAUCUGACACAUCUACAGCUACGAGUACUACAGAACCAGAGAGCAAAAUAAUCUCAAUUAUAAACGAAACGGACUUAGAAGCCAACAUCAAUGGAGCCGGCAACAAAUUAGUCAUGAUCUUUCUUAUGGUAACUUGGUGUCCAUACUGCAAAAAGAUUAAACCCACUGUCGAAGACAUUGCAGCGAAUACGGACAACCUAGUCAUUCUCAUGGUCGAUAGAGAUAACCUUAAAGAGCAUAAAGAAGUUUGGAAAUAUGGACUGAGUUACUUACCCAGUAUCCCAAGGUUUAUUUUUAUAAAGAAUGGGAAGAAAGUCGACGAAAUACAUGGCAGCGACAGUGACGUACGUGGUACUGUGGCUAAGUAUUUAUCUUCCUCAAAAAAGAAAUGUGAAUCAUCAAGAAAUGGCUCUGAGUCCUCAAAAAGCAGCUCCGAAUCAUCAAAAAGUAGCUCAGAGUCGUCAAAUUCUUCAGACGAAUAACACCAAAAUGAUUAAAUUGCUUUGUUGUGUAAGUAAUUCGUAUAAUGGAUAUUCAAAUACAUGGCUUAAAACUAGA